GAGAAAGAAGAAGAGAGAAGAGAAGAAGAGAGAAGAGAGAGAAAGAGAAGAAGAGAAGAGAGAAAGAAGAGAAAGAAGAGAAGAGAAGAAGAAGAAGAGAAGAGAGAAGAGAAGAGAGAAGAGAAAGAAGAAGAGAAGAGAGAAGAGAAGAAGAGAAGAGAAGAAGAAGAGAAGAGAAAGAAGAGAGAAGAGAGAGAAGAAGAGAAGAGAAGAAGAGAGAAAGAGAAGAAGAGAGAAGAGAAGAGAGAAAGAAGAGAAGAGAGAAGAAAGAGAAGAAGAAGAAAGAGAAGAGAAGAGAAGAGAAGAGAGAAGAAGAGAAGAAAGAGAGAAAGAAGAAGAGAGAAGAGAAAGAAAGAGAAGAAGAGAAGAAGAGAAAGAAGAGAAGAGAGAGAAGAAAGAGAGAAGAGAAGAAAGAAGAGAGAAGAGAGAAGAAGAGAAAGAAGAGAAAGAGAGAGAGAAGAGAAGAGAAGAAGAAAGAGAGAGAGAAGAAAGAGAAGAGAGAAGAAAGAAAGAAGAAGAGAAAGAGAGAAGAAAGAGAAGAGAGAGAGAAAGAAGAAAGAGAAGAAAGAAGAGAAGAGAAGAGAAGAGAGAAGAAAGAGAAGAAGAAAGAGAAGAGAGAAGAAAGAGAAGAGAAGAAGAGAGAAAGAGAGAAGAGAAGAGAGAAAAGAAGAAAGAAGAAGAGAGAGAGAAGAAGAAGAGAAGAGAAAGAAGAAAGAGAGAAGAAGAGAAAGAAGAGAGAGAAAGAAGAGAGAGAGAAAGAGAGAAGAGAAAGAAGAAGAAAGAGAGAAGAGAGAAGAGAAAGAGAAGAAGAGAAGAGAGAAGAAGAAAGAAGAGAGAAGAGAAAGAGAGAGAAGAAGAAGAAAGAAAGAAGAGAGAAGAAGAGAAGAAGAGAGAGAAGAAGAGAAGAAGAGAGAAGAAGAGAAAGAAGAAGAGAGAAAGAGAGAAGAAGAGAAGAGAGAAGAGAGAGAAAGAGAAAGAGAAGAAGAGAAGAAAGAGAGAGAAGAAGAAGAGAAAGAAGAGAAGAGAAGAAGAGAAGAAAGAGAGAAGAGAGAAGAGAGAAGAAGAGAGAAGAGAGAAGAGAAAGAGAAGAGAGAAGAGAGAAAGAGAAGAGAAGAAGAGAAGAGAAGAAGAGAGAGAAGAAGAAGAGAAAGAAGAGAAGAGAAGAGAAGAAGAGAGAGAAAGAGAGAAGAGAGAGAAGAGAAGAAGAGAGAGAAGAAAGAGAGAAGAGAAGAGAGAAAGAAGAAGAAAGAGAAGAAGAAGAGAAAGAGAAGAAGAAGAGAAGAAGAGAGAAAGAGAAGAAGAAAGAAGAGAGAAAGAGAAGAAGAGAGAGAAAGAAGAAGAGAAGAGAGAGAGAAAGAAGAAGAGAAGAAGAGAGAAGAAGAGAAGAGAGAAGAAGAAGAGAAGAAGAGAAAGAGAAGAAGAGGAAAGAGAGAAGAGAAGAGAGAAAGAGAAGAGAGAAGAAGAGAGAAGAAGAGAAGAGAGAAGAGAAGAAAGAGAGAAGAAGAAGAAGAGAGAGAAGAAGAGAGAAAGAGAAGA